ACUGUCAAAGUCAUACCUUGGAGCCUAUGCAUAGAAUGGAUCAUAAUUAAUCAGCCGGCUGAACAAACUUCAACUCAAUCCUCUAAAACCAACCACUAAAAAACGAAACAAUAAAAAUGGUGGAGUUUGCGUUUGACAUCAAGCACCUGUUUCCGCAGUCGAUCAUUUGUGUCCAGCCCCACUUGCUGCGACCUAAGGCGCGGGAAUCCGUUCUUAUUUAUCAAAACCAUAAGAAGACGGCACCACUAACACCAGGAUGCAAGUUAAGCCAGAUAAUUGAUGAGAUGGGGAAGCGGUCUGCGGUAGCUCAAGGGCUGAGAGCUCCAGUGACUUCGGCGGAGAAGAUGAUCACCAAUACCACCAACCAGGUGACCUAUCUGAUGGCAGACGACGAGUCGGGCCGCUGGGCGGUAACCGGAUUACUCAAGGUGGGCAACAAGGACCUCUUCCUGUUUGACGGUGAUGGCAGGUGCCGCCAGACGAAACAGACCCCUGCCAUCCUGGACUUUUACAUCCACGAGUCGCGUCAACGUCGCGGGCUUGGCAAGGUUAUUUUUGACAAAAUGCUCGCCGAUCAGGGCUGGACACCUGGCAAGUGCUCCGUGGACCGUCCUUCCAAGAAGCUGAUUAGUUUCUUGGCCAAGCACUUUGGUCUGGUACGCACUGUACCACAAGGAAAUAACUUUGUGCUUUAUCAGGAAUUCUUCGAAGACGGGCCGCCUGUGGGUCAGCGGAACAAGGACACUCACGGAUCAGGAGGUGUUGGAGUAGGUGUAAUCAAAUCGGUUGCUACCGUACCUUGCCGUGAGCGUUUGACCAACUUUCAGGCUUCUUGCUACAACCCCAUCGUGGGUGGAAGCAACCGGAAGCUAGCAAGAAACACCACCAACUCCAAUGCCAACAAGAAUGUCAGAUCAAACAUCACCAACAAGAUUGUUAAUAACCCCAUUAUUCAACCCCCCAACAUGAUCAAUUUUGACAACGAUAUCAAAAACACCAGAAGAAGUUUCGCCAACAACUCGAUGAACUCUAGUAAAACCGAAACAAAUAACAUCGCUUCUGGAUCAAUCCCUAAAGCUGUUUCAAACCAAGAUCGAAUUCUAAGACGCAAUCGAAUGUCCGAAGGGCCAGGAGCCUCGAGUGCUACGCCUCAAAAUCAAUCAGUAGGACGUUACGUCCACAAGCCGAGAGACAGCUGCAUGGCCCAGAUCCUUGGAGGGGCCUUUGGUCAUUAAGCUUUUAUCAGGGCCCUUGUAGGAUACACACAGGAGCCGGCGUAGGUAAUGCUCCAGCGUCUCAGUUUAUAUUUUCGCAUUUGGAGCAAUCCCUCGCCGCCCUCAAAAUUUUUGUAAAUCCUGUUAAUUUUUAAAAUUUUGUAAGGUUUAUAACGCACUUGCGACCAGCUGUCUAUAAAUACAGCCUUACCUAAAUACCAA